AUGGCGUCGCUCGCUCGACGCGUCCCCGCGAUCGCGAUGACGCUGCGCGCGAUGACGUCCACGUCCACGACGGGGGUGCGACGGGGGUCGACGCACGUGGGCGAUCGAAGACGCGCGUUCGCGCGCGCGUUCGCCACGGGUGGAGAGGGAAACAACAUCACCAGCGCGUUGAUGGAACAGAUGCAGCAGAAGAUCAGGGACGGAUUAGAGGCCGAGUCCGUGGAAGUACGAGACGAGAGUGGGAACGGGAGACACGUCUCUAUCAAGGUCAUCGCCAAGGCGUUCGAGGGGAAGAGCGCGGUGAACAGGCAACGCGCGGUGUACAAGUGCAUCUUCAUGGAAUUGCAAGACGCCGUGCACGCCGUGAACGAAAUGGUGACGCUCACACCGGAAGAAGCGGCUUGA